GUAAAGCUUUGUCUUUGUGGUUUAUUUUGCUUUGCUUUUAAUUUUUUAAUAAAAUUUUGGAGUUACAUUCUGUGCUUUACUCUUGACAUGAAAUUGUUAUGAAGUGAAUUUUUUAUUUUACAAUGUUAUUUCAAUCUGUUCUUCAACAUGUAAUUUUUUAGGGCCAUGAGGAAUUUUACCAUAAUAACAUGUUUGGUUUAUUUAUUUCUGCGUUUAUUAAUUGAAGUAGCUCGCAGGUUACGCAUUAAUGACGCACUUGAAUCUGAAACGACUUCGUGCUACAACGUCUGCGCAUUUGCAGCGGUUGUUGGUGUUCUCGAAUGCUCCAGGGAAAGCCGUACAUUGUGAUCCGUGUAAACUCCAGCAUCCCGCAUGGAUUUAACAGUCUCUGGCGUGACUUUUGUGAGGAUACACUGCCCUGCUGUGUGUAGAUAUUACACACGUUUAUGUUUUGAUCGAUGUGGGCAGGUUUUUAGCAAGUGAGAACUAGAAACGUGCUAGAAACUGGCAAAGUAUGUGUUAGCCAGCUAAGCGCUGUCGGUGGAAAGUGACAGUGGAAUACCCCAAAAUCAAGUUUCUAUAACGCACCGUACGAGGCUUCAAGUAUUUGCUGUUGUAAGACUGGAUUAACGCAUCGCAUAAAAGAGCCGGUAUGGCGCUGAACACUAACCUGUGUCGUGUUACUCUCGGGGUUGAGGGUAUGACCUGUGGCUCCUGUGUCCAGUCCAUCGAGGGGAGGAUUGGUGGUCUGCCAGGUGUUAUUCAUAUACAGGUUUCCCUGGAGCUGAAAAAUGCAACUGUUAUAUAUGACCAAUCUCACCACAGUCCAGAAUCCUUAGCUGAGGCCAUUGAUGAUAUGGGCUUUGAGUCCAAUCUGACAAACACUGCACCAAUUCCAGUUUUAACAGAAACCAAGGUGUUCACCAAAGCAAGCUCCAGCACAGACUCUGUCCAGCAGGCCCUGACCCAGAUGAAAGGGGUGGUUGGGACUCAGGAGAGCGCUGAUAACCAGGGCCUGGCUGUCACGUUUGUCCCAUCUUUGGUCAGUGUUGAAGAGCUUAAUCAGGCAAUGAGCCGCCUGGUUCCUGAUGUAGUUAACGGCCCAGCGGCCAGUCCACAGGAAGGCCCUUCCUCUCGAAGCAACGGUAGGGUCGAACAAGUGAAAAUGCGCAUCGAAGGAAUGGUUUGUCUGUCCUGCACCACCACCAUUGAGGGCAAGAUUGGAAAGUUAAAAGGGGUUGAGAAGAUUAAAGUCUCCCUAGACUCCCAAGAAGCCACUGUACUCUACCUGCCUUACAUCAUCUCAGUGGAAGAGAUCGUGAACCGGAUUGAGGUGGCCGGUUUCAAGGCCACUGUAAAGUCAAAACCUCGUCAAUUAAAGCUUUCGGCUAGUGAAGUGGAACGCUUGUGCAGCGCUGCCAAACAGGUCGUCUCCUCGCCCGAGGAAAAGAUUUCAGGGCUGUCGGCAGAUGCCACGAUCACUACACUGUUUCAGGUUACAGGAAUGCACUGCAACUCCUGCGUAGUAAAUAUUCAGGACAAUAUAUCCAAACUGGCGGGAGUGUGUUCAACUGUUGUGUCUUUGGAGAACAAACAAGCUUCAAUUAAACAUAACCCAAAACGAAUUUCAACGGCAGAGCUACAGAAAGCAAUUGAGGCUCUGCCUCCGGGGAAGUUUCAGGUUCAGUUAGUCACCCCACAAAACAUCUUACCUUCCCCAGAGCCAAACGUCCUCCAUCCGCUGGUAUCAGUGGUAGACAUUCACAUUGAAGGCAUGACCUGUAACUCCUGCGUCCAGUCUAUCGAAGGCAUGAUCUCCCAGAAGAAAGGUGUAAGAUCGGCUAGAGUCUCUCUAGGCAAUCAUCAGGGAACCUUUGAGUAUGAUCCUGUAGUGACUACACCUGAGGAGCUGAGGGCAGCCAUAGAGGACAUGGGCUUUGAUGCUUUUCUGCCAGAGACAAAUUCAUUGGUGCCUUCAGUGGUCAAGAACUCAUCGCCUUCAGCACCGUCUCUCCGCAGCUCAUCUUUAUCUCCAAUCCUGUCUGCUGUAAAAGAGAAAGAUGUGGACAAUGAUGCUGAUCAUUCAACAAACGCUAUUUCCAAAUGUUUUAUCCAUGUUGGAGGAAUGACCUGUGCUUCCUGCGUGGCUAACAUCGAGAGGAACCUGAAGAACGAGCAGGGUAUUCACUCUGUUUUGGUAGCCCUCAUGGCGAGUAAAGCUGAGGUUCGAUACAACCCCUCCAUCACUGAUCCUCAGAAUAUAGCGGAGUGUAUAAAAGAGCUUGGUUUUACCGCCACAGUCAUGGAGAAUUACGAUGGUGCUGAUGGAAGUCUGGAGCUUGUGGUCAGAGGGAUGACAUGUGCAUCCUGUGUUCACAAAAUUGAGUCUAACCUGAUGAAACAAAAAGGCGUUGUCUAUGCUUCUGUUGCCCUUGCGACUAAUAAAGCGCACGUCAAGUACGACCCAGAAGUGACUGGUCCCCGGGAUGUAAUCAGAUGGAUUGAGAAUUUGGGAUUUGAGGCCUCUCUAGUGAAGAAAGAUGGCUCUGGAAGUCACUUGGAUCACAGUCAAGAGAUACGACAGUGGAGAAGGUCGUUCCUCAUCAGUUUGUUUUUCUGUGUUCCUGUUAUGGGCAUGAUGACCUACAUGAUUAUAGUGGAUCAUAUGGUCGAAAUGUCCCACCACCAUAAUGCCACAUCUGAAGACAUAGAAAAGGUUCACUCCACCAUGUUUCUGGAGAAACAGCUUCUGCCAGGCCUUUCCAUCAUGAACCUGGUCUCGUUCCUCUUCUGUGUACCGGUGCAGUUUAUUGGUGGGCGGUAUUUCUAUGGACAAGCCUACAAAGCAUUGAAACACAAGACAGCCAAUAUGGAUGUGCUUAUAGUACUGGCCACCACGAUAGCGUUCACAUACUCCUUGGUGAUUCUUCUGGUUGCCAUGGUAGAGAAGGCAAAGGUGAAUCCCAUCACCUUCUUUGAUACUCCUCCCAUGCUGUUUGUGUUCAUCUCGCUGGGCAGAUGGCUGGAGCAGAUUGCCAAGAGUAAGACUUCAGAGGCUCUGUCCAAGCUCAUGUCUUUACAAGCAACAGAGGCCACGGUUGUUACCCUGAAUGCUGAUAUGUCUGUGUUAAGUGAGGAGCAGGUGGAUGUGGAGCUGGUACAGAGAGGAGAUAUUGUCAAGGUUGUGCCUGGAGGGAAAUUUCCAGUAGAUGGUCGAGUGAUUGAAGGACACUCCACGGCAGACGAGUCUCUCAUUACAGGUGAAGCCAUGCCUGUAACCAAGAAGCUGGACAGUACUGUCAUUGCAGGCUCUAUAAAUCAGAACGGCUCUCUGCUGAUCAAAGCCACUCACGUGGGCAUGGACACCACCCUCUCUCAGAUCGUCAAACUUGUAGAAGAGGCACAGACAUCAAAGGCUCCCAUUCAGCAGUUUGCCGAUAAGAUCAGCGGCUACUUUGUCCCCUUCAUUGUGGUAAUCUCUUUCCUGACACUGAUUGUCUGGAUUCAGAUCGGCUUUGUCAACUUUCCACUGGUGGAGAAAUAUUUUCCUGGUUAUAAUAAAAGCAUAUCUGAAACCGAGGCAGUGAUCCGCUUCGCCUUCCAGGCCUCCAUCACCGUGUUGUGCAUCGCCUGCCCGUGUUCGUUGGGUCUCGCCACCCCUACAGCAGUGAUGGUGGGAACUGGAGUGGGAGCUCAGAAUGGAAUCCUCAUUAAGGGUGGAGAACCAUUAGAGAUGGCACACAAGAUUCAGUCGGUGGUGUUCGAUAAAACUGGCACCAUCACGCAUGGAGCACCCAAAGUGGUCCAGGCGAAGAUGUUGAUGGAGGGGAAUCGGAUGCCGCGCUCGAAACUGCUGGCGAUCAUUGGCACAGCGGAGAACAACAGUGAACAUCCGCUGGGUGCUGCCAUCACCAAAUACUGCAAAAAGGAGUUGGGUACAGACUCUCUUGGCACCUGUACAGAUUUUCAAGCAGUGCCAGGUUGUGGGAUCAGGUGUCUGGUCAGUAACACUGAAAACUUGCUGAGAAGAGGAGACGGUGACAGUGAGGAGAACCAACACAAUGCCGUCUUGGUCCAGAUCAGCGAUACCAGAACCCACACCAAUCAACAUCCACUCAUCAUGGACCAACAGCCGCUCACUGAUGUACAGACAGCCUCAUACACUGUGCUGAUAGGAAACAGAGAGUGGAUGAAGAGGAACGCGCUGCAUGUGCGAGCAGAUGUAGAUGAAGCCAUGACAGAACAUGAAAAAAAAGGAUGCACUGCUGUGCUGGUGGCUGUGGACGGUGAGCUUAGUGCAAUGGUGGCCAUAGCAGAUACGGUAAAGCCUGAAGCCGAGUUGGCUGUCCACACUUUAACAGCAAUGGGGUUGGAGGUUGUGCUGAUGACGGGGGACAACAGCAAAACAGCCCGAGCUAUCGCUGCUCAGGUGGGCAUCAGGAAGGUGUUUGCAGAAGUCUUGCCAUCUCACAAGGUGGCAAAAGUGCAGCAGCUCCAGCAAGCGGGAAAACGUGUGGCCAUGGUGGGUGACGGUGUGAACGACUCGCCUGCGCUGGCCAUGGCAGACGUGGGCAUUGCCAUAGGCACAGGCACAGAUGUAGCUAUCGAGGCUGCCGACGUGGUGCUUAUUAGGAAUGAUCUUCUUGAUGUUGUUGGAAGUAUCGACCUUUCUAAGAAAACUGUGAGAAGAAUCAGAAUCAACUUUGUAUUUGCACUAAUCUACAAUCUUGUGGGAAUUCCCAUUGCUGCAGGUGUGUUCAUGCCUGUGGGCUUGGUGCUGCAGCCCUGGAUGGGCUCUGCUGCUAUGGCUGCUUCUUCAGUCUCUGUGGUUCUCUCCUCCCUCAUGCUAAAAUGUUACACUAAACCCAGUGCUAAGACACUGAAAAGGCGUUUCGGUCCGAUGAAAAGACAUGGCAGCCUAUCGGAUGUCAGUGUUCACAUUGGCAUGGGAGAACUGCGCCGCCCCUCGCCCCAAAUGAGCCUUCUCGACCGCUUUGUCAACUACAGCCGAGCCUCCAUCAACUCACUACGCUCAGAGAAACACUCCCUCAACAGCAUGGUCCUCAGUGAGCCGGACAAGCACUCUUUGCUGGUUGGGGAUGCGCACUGUGAGGAUGAUAUUGUAUAGGCUAUUGAGAGAAGGGUGUCACUUUACCUCAGUGCCUAUAGAGGAGGGAACUGUGUCCAAGUCCAAAAGUUGCCUCAUGAAUAUGACUACAGUUGCCUUAUAUGAUGCUCUUGGACUGAGCCGCUUUGGAUUUUUCUUUCAAAGGCUGUUUUGGUAACUACAAAAGAGGUUUUAUGAUUUAAAGGUCUAUUUACUUCUAAAGUUGAAUCCACUCGGUGGCCAAUUUAAGAUGACAAUCUAAAGGAGGAAAAUCGACUGUAGUGCAAAUUGUCUAGAAAAAGUGAAAUCAGUUUUAUUUUUGUGAAAAUGACUAUUUAGAAGUGAAUGAUUGUGUUUUAUCGUAAUAGUUAGGUAAAUAUUUAUUACAUCAUUUAUUUAUAUUGUAUUGCAUACGUUCACAUGAAAGAAUGUGAAGAUUUAUUUUAUCAGUGAUCUUUUCUAAGGCCAUUUCGGCAUUUCAUAUUUUCGCAUGAGUACUACAACGCAGUACAUUCCAAAGAAAGCAGCUUGUUUGCUGUAUUAGUGGGUUAAUGGUCCUCGUACUCAGUAAUGAUGGGCCACAAGUUAGUUACCAAGACAUUAAACCAUUAUAAGACACAUUUGUUUUUGCUAUAUUUAAAUGUGCACUUGCUCUGUUUGUUGCUUUUAAAUAUAUUAAUUUGUUUUGUUUAAAAAACACAGUGCUUUUUAUUACCCUACACAUUAUUAACAGCUGUAUAUCUGUUGGUAUAUUAAUGCCCUUAAUAGAUUAGUAAGUAUUUAACAUUAUACGACACAGCCUGAAUCAGGUUACUGAGAUUUAUUGCUGGGCUCAACACCAUUCUGAGCUUUUGAAAUGUUUUUAUUUCAUGCUAAAGACUAUAUCCACAAUCUAGAAAAGAAACAUGUUUGUGAUAAGAAGUUUUGUUUGUUUGUUACUGUAUUACGUAAGGUCAAUUAUGCCAUGCAGUCCCACAAAACAAGUGCAUUAUGAAGUAAUGUUGAUUUGAUCACAUCAAUGAAUGACAAUUUUGCAAUAUUUAUUGCUUCACUUGCCAAAUGUAUUAAAGUCAGAAGAUGUA